UUAGGGAAGGUCCAGGAGUUGAAUACUGUCAGAUCUUGACAAAUUUAUUGGUAAACUAACAGCCAUACUAGCAAGGGAUAAAGAAGUAAUGGCAGUAAACUUGGAAAAUUUAUCAAAGAAGUGUAAAAUUUAUAUCGCUAAAAAUGAUAAAUGGCAAAAAAAAGAUCAUGAAUAUAUCGACAAAGUUAAAGAAAUCCUAAAGAUGCUCCCAUGACAUUUGAAGAGGCACAGGAAAGAGAUGAUGUGAAAAAAUUAGCAAUUACUAUAUUUGAGUACUGUGAAUAUAAGCUCAUAAGGAGAUUGAACAAACUUAGGAAAGAUAUAACCGUCAAUAAAGACAAAAAAUAUAUUAAUUCUUUUUUAGAUUAUGCUAAAUCUGAAAAUGUUGAUGUUAUACUUAGUGAAAUCCACGCUAUUAUUAGAAUUAAAUUGGAAUUAUUGAAUCCUAAUACGGUCGAUAAAACCGUAUCUUCAUGGAGUGAUACUGUCGAACAUUAUUUUCUUGAUCGAACUAAUUAUAAAUUUGAUGAAUUUAAGAAAAGAUGUUUGAAUGAUCCUGUGAUAAAGAAAAAUCUAGUACGUGUAUAUGGCAAAAAUGGCAAAGAAACGCCAGGUAUGUUGGACUGUGAAGUAACAAAAAAAUUGUGUUUACACGCAGAAUUAAACGUAUUGGUCAAGUUAAUGGGGCAAGAAGGACAUUGGGCAAAGGGUAUAAAAUUACCAUUUCUGGAUCACAUAAGAAGCUAUACCAUAUUUGGAAACUACCAGAUGCCCCUUAAGCAAGAAUUCAUAGAUUAUGCUAUGUUUGAACUCGAUAAUAUCAUACGACUAGAAAUAAUUAACCAUACUAAUAUAACUGCUAUCUCUGAUAGUGAUCCAGAUAGUGGUGAUUCAGAUACUGAUCAAAAUUUUUCUACUGUGGGAUUGAAUAAAUUAGAUUAUAAUUACAAACAUCGUAAUUAUCGUGAAACAAAGAUAAGCUAUUGUGCUUUGCGUUGAUUAACAACUAUUAUUAACCAAUUAUAGCAUUAUGAUUGGACAGAUUUGACCACGUACACAAUAACGAUAACGUUAAUCAAUCCGUAGUCUGAUAAAUCAAAUCGGCACAUUUAAAAUUAUUUUAGCAAUCUGGAUUUCUCAAACAUUAUUAUCACAAAUAUGAAAAAUUGUAUAGCUUACUUCUUC